CUCUGGAGCCUUAGGGAAAGGGUGUUGGGAUGGUUCGACCCGGAAGGAACUGCAAAGACUAGGGAGGGACAGAAGGUCGGCAAGGACCGGAUACCAGUAUGGCGGGCGAGGCCAGUAGUUCCCAGGGCGGCCUUAAGAAGAUAGUAUCAUCCAUCGCACGAGCACUGAACAAAAAUCAGGGCUACCUAGCGGACGCUAAGAAAAAGUUGACGUUCGACGGGGCAAAUAUCACGGAGUUUCUAAUCGACUAUGAGAACCUAGCUGCGUUACUGAAAUGGACAGAAGAAGAAAAGAUGGACCACCUACGACAGCAUGUGUCACUAAGCCUAGGGCGGGACAUAAUGGCCAUUGUGGCCGCAAGUCGGUUUUGGAAGGAGACCCGGGAUGUGAUGAUGAGAAAAUAUCUGGCAGCAGAGAAAAUGGCUACGGAGGCCGACUUAGCGGCAGUUCAGAGGAAGAACUUGGCAACGUAUAAUGACUUCCUACGCGAGUUCACUCUGGUAGCACUAAGGAUCCCCGGGGUUACGGACCGAAUAAUGAGCAAAUACUUCCUUAGGCAGUUCUCUGAGUUCGACAAAGACAAGAUUCUGUCAGCCUACCAGCAGACGAGCAAGUUCGUAAACACCAGGGAUGUGGAUUUUAGCACCGUAACGGACCUGGCCGAAAAGAUGGUAGUGACCGAGACGUUGGCCUUGCUUAAGGAAGGGGAGGUCAUAGACCUGAUCGGUAAGACAGGCGACAAGGUAAAGAAGGGGAUUGAAAGCCUACACGAACGGGUGCACGGAGUCGACCACAAAAUUGAAAGGGUGGAAAACGCACUACUGGCUAUGCAGGCGCAAGUAUCCCGACCCGCCCUCCCUCCCCAGGAAGCCGUAGUUCCGCCCGGGGUAGCCAAUCGAGGAUUCGGACGGAGAGAUCCGGCUAACAAGCAGUGCAGAUACUGCACCGUGAUGGGACAUUAUGCGCGCGCAUGUCCAAAACUCAACCAUGAUAUAUUAAAAAGGAGAUGUAUCAGGUCGUUAAAGGGAGAGAUAUUCGGACCACAGGGAGAACGGGUAAAUUGGAACUCGCCAGGGGGGAUGCGGCGAGCCGUUAUCAUGCUCAAUGGGCUAGAGAUAGCGACCGUAGAAGCUAAGACGGUGGUCGAAAUCAUCUGGGAUCAACUUCGGGGCCGCAGGCUGCAGGCGAACUUCAUUUUGGAAAACGACGGACGUGAUAGGGUGAACGCGACUACUCAGCUAGGGACGACCGGGAGAAGGAUUAUCCAUGACACCGUGAUGGAGGAAGUUGCUGGAAGCUCCGUACCCCAGGCAGAGCUUGAGGCAGGGGAGCCAGAGAAAGUCUAUGGGAAGCCUAGGGAAGAGGAGCCUGCGGACAAGGUUACCGCUGCCAAGAAGAAGUUUCGGUAUCAAAUUGCGAUCUUAACCUUGCCCGAGAUCGACGACACCCUUAGCAAGUUGCUAGGAACCAUGGUGUCGGUGUCGUUUCGGACCAUGCUGCAGGCUAGCCCUAGGUUGCUCAAAGGGCUUAGACAACUGUUGACUCGACGACGAGUAGAAAUAGAUGACAACCCCGAAUUACCAGAAGAAGAAAGGGAGGAGGAAGCUCCGCAAGAGGUUGCUAACCUUCAAAGGAGUCGCGGUGAUCUAGAGGAUCUUAAGAAAGCCUUUGCAGACAUCCGUUUGAGCUUGCCAGACCGAGAAGGUGGCGAAGUCAUGAGGGCACCUCCUGGGACAAAGCUCAGUUUCCAUGCGCUACUUGUAGGGAAAUUGAAGAUUCAGAUCGGGACUCAUCAUACCGACACAUCAUUAGACGGGGGAGCAGAAAUCACUCUCAUAAGGAGAGAUUUCGCGACAAUCACGGGCUGUACGGUAAAUAAGGAAGUAACGGGGAGCAUCCAGGGAGCCGGUGGGGAAAUUCCGUUCGCAGGGUAUGUCACGAAAUGUGCAGUCAAGGCGAGAAUCAGGGAGUCAACCUGGUCGUUUCAGCAGAUGACCGUAAUGGAGGAGAUGGAUCACGACAUUAUCCUCGGGAGGCCAUGGUGCGCAAUCGUAGAAAUGAUAGGCAUGCACUUGCACGAUGGCACGUACAUGGUAGAUAUAGAGGACCCGGUGACCGCCCGAGGACCUAGAAGAAGAAAAGCACAAGAAAAAGUAAAAAUGGAAUUCGGCAACGAGAACGAUAGCGGGGCAAUCAACAGGCCUACCGGAAGGAAAGAAGCAGGACCAAGCCAAGGGAGGAGGACACUAAAGAGAAAGUUGUACAUAGGGCUCAUGGGCGGGCUGGUGGUAGGCAGGGGUGGAAAAAAGUGUGUAUGUAGAAGACCCUCGCCCCUCCACAAGGGAGAAGGUAUAGAAAUCUCAUCUGACAUUGAGGGCGAGAAGGAAAGGGCAAAUGUGGGAGAAGGGGGCAAUGCAAAUAUGGGAGAUAAGGCUCAGGCCUCUGGCGAGAAAGGAGCCAACAGGGGCAAACGACGUGAGACAUGGCAUGGGGAAAGCGAGGGGGGACAGGACAUGCACGACGAGCGUGAGGAUGGGGAGGAGAGAAGAGACAGCCCGCUUGAAGGACGAAGCGGCCACGGCAGUUGUGAGGGGUAUGGGACAAAGACAAAGAUUCCUUAUACCUACGAUCCAAAGAAUCUAGCGGGAGGGUAUAGCCCCAUACAGACGGAGGACGAGGAGGAUGAGGAGGAGGAUGAGAAGGAGGAUGUACAAGAGAACAUAGAAAUCAACAGCGGGGAUGAGCGGGAUGAAAUCUCCAGGCCUAGGGAAGAGAGGCGGCCUCCGAUGCACCAGCCGCGUGAUGAGGCCUUCAGAUGGGAGGAUGAGUUUGGGCCAACGCCCAGUCAUUGGUUUCAGCAAUGGACCAAUGUGAUCAGGCACGAGUGGAUCAUCAAGGCCCGAGAACUCACAAAGGCAGGGAUGGAAGCCACGCCUUUGGACUUUUUCAGUGAGGUGGAACUACAGGAAAUUGCGAAGAAAAUGAGGGAAAUCGAGAUCUUCGGCCUGGGGGUUAGAAAGCCUGCCGAUGAGCAGGGUGGACAAGGAAUUGAGCAAGCUGAGGCACAAGGCAACAAUAGGAACUAGAUGUUGAUUUAGCAUUAAACAGGAUUCCUGCUUUUCUGUUUGCAAAGACAUGGGAACGACAAGAACGUGUAUAGUAUGAGUAAGCUUGCUAAGGAUGAAGUGAUAAGAGGGUCAGCUAAGACUGUGGCACAAUAAGAUUAGAAGAAAGCUUUUGAGGCUACUUUCUGGAUGAGCUACCUUUGAAAGUGGGUACACGAGACAUUGAUAUGGGGGAUGGGAUGAGACCAGCUGUGGAGGAUGUAUUGUGAAUUUUGGAUGGGAUAAGGAUUGUGCUUUUGAGAAAAGAAACUUUGAGUAAAGAUUGACGAGCGAG